CAGCAAGAGUAAUAACCCGUUUGCUUGCUUGCUUGCUUGCUUGACUACACGUCCAUCGGCAAACUCUGUCUGUUUCUGCCACUCGCGCUCUCAGUCAGCCAGCCAGCCAGUCUCCUUGUCCAGAACACGAAAACCUAGUCAAACCAUGGCGGCGCUGUCUGCUUUCCGCCUAAGGCAUGUUUCGCUCCUGUUGGUCCUCGCCAUCGGCAGCAGGGAAUGCGAGAGCAAGGUCACCACCAACAACAUCCAUAGCUCCGCGCGGGCCCCUUCGCUGUCCGGGCCAGCGCGGACGCCGCCGCCGGUGGCCUUCAGCAACACGACGCCGAUCCCGAACCACUACAUCGUGCAGUACCACGACAGCGUCGAGGCGGCGGCGCGCGUCGCCCACCUCAACUCGGUCCACGCCGCGGCCGUGGUCAACCCCGCCGGCGCCUACCGCGGCGUCAUCAAGCACAUCAACAUCGGAAGCGGCUUCUCGGCCUUUCACGGCGAGCUCCCUCCCGAGCAGGUCCAACAGCUGAGGGAUGACAACCUCGUAAGCGUUUCUCUUUCUCCCUGACUUGGUUAUUCUGGGACUGGGCGUUAUGUCUGUUGGGGACGUUAUGAGAAAGCCGGCGACAACAUUGGAAUAUCUGAAG